AUCUUUACUGUACAAAACUGUAAACGAUCAUUUAACUAAGUUUAUGAAAUCAACAUGUAUAAAAAUAUCUAUCUCGAGUAUUAAAAAUAUGCUGAGCGUUUGUGUAUAAUGUUAAUUAUUAAUGACUUCAAGUAUUGAGACUAUACAAAGGACGGGAGAUACCAUGGACAUUUCAGCUAUACAUUCGAUAAAUAUUCAAACAGAAUCUCAAAAGUCUACUGAUAAUGAUAAAAAUCGAUCUAAAAAUAGUAAUGAUACACAGGGAAAUUGUUACUGCGGCAAAGAAAGAAAUCUUAACAUAGUGGAACUUCUUUGUGCAUCAUGUAACAGAUGGUACCACGAAUCGUGUAUUGGCUAUCAACUGGGCAAAUUGGUUCCAUUCAUGACAAAUUAUCUAUUUAUCUGUAAGAACUGUUCACCUACUGGUCUAGAAACAUUUAAGAAGAAUCAAGCUCCUUUUCCACAAAUGUGUUUGACUGCUAUUGCAAAUUUAAGACAGGAAAGUUUUAAGGAUGGAAAUAAUAAAUCAUUGUUUAGUAAAGAUCGGGACAUAAUACCAUACAUUGACCAAUAUUGGGAGGCCAUGACCACUAUGCCCCGGAGAGUAACUCAAUCUUGGUAUGCAACAGUGCAAAGGGCACUAAUCAAAGAUAUACAAAUCCUAUUUACAUAUGAGGAUGAUCCAAAUCAAGGACCCAUGUUUGGGCUUUUUAACAUGGAAUUAACAAAUAUUAAACCUAAUUAUGAAGCUAUGAUAAAGCAAGGGCAACUUAAAGUUACUGAUAUGGGUGUUGCAACAGUUCCACUUGCGGGCAACGUGAAGGGCCGUCAAGGCAAGCGCCGUCCAGCAGUGGGCAUCGAGGCCGGAGCGCCAGUGGGCAAAAAGGGCAGGUCUAGUGAUAUAAACACACUCAAGUUGCCUUCCCACGGGUAUCCCACUGAACAUCCCUUCAACAAGGAUGGCUAUCGGUAUAUACUUGCCGAACCCGAUCCACACGCGCCCUUUCGUCAGGAGUUCGACGAAAGCCACGAGUGGAGUGGGAAGCCCAUCCCGGGCUGGUUGUAUCGGUCGCUGUGUCCCAGCGGGGUGCUACUGGCUCUCCACGACCGGGCUCCGCAGCUGAAGAUAUCCGAGGACCGGCUGGCUGUGACCGGCGAGAAGGGGUACUGCAUGGUCAGGGCCACACAUGGUGUCUCGCGUGGUGUGUGGUACUGGGAGGCGAGCGUGGAGGAGAUGCCAGAGGGAGCUGCCACGAGACUGGGCUGGGGGCGUUGUUACGCCAACCUGCAGGCGCCACUCGGCUUCGACAAGUUCGGCUACUCCUGGCGCAGCAGAAAGGGGACUAGGUUCCACGAGUCUCGCGGCAAGCACUACAGCAGCGGCUACGGGGAGGGUGACACGCUAGGUUUUCUGAUCGUCCUUCCCGACAGCGAGACGACCAAAUAUACACCCAAUACUUAUAAGGAUAGGCCGUUAGUGAAGUUCAAAAGUCACCUGUAUUACGAAGACAAGGACAAUAUCCAGGAAUCUCUGAAUGCUCUCAAACAACUCUCCGGGAGCAAGAUAUAUUUCUUCAAGAAUGGUGAAUGUCAGGGGGAGGCUUUCACAGAUGUGUAUCAGGGCUGUUACUACCCGUCUGUGUCAUUGCACAAGAAUGCCACUGUCAGUGUCAACUUUGGACCCAAUUUCAAGUAUCCGCCAUCAACCGAACAUUCAUAUAGGCCGAUGUCUGAAAAGGCGGAGGAGGCGAUAUGUGAACAAACAAUGGCCGACCUGUUGUUCUUGACAGAACAUGAGGGUAGACUGAGACUUGAUAACUUUAAUCUCUGAUACUACUAGCACCGUUGAACGGUGUGUGACUAUAUCUCGAGUGACACUUGAUUAUUCGGUUUUGAAGUGAUUCAAUGAGUGAAGUUAACAUUUAAGUAGUGACAGUACUGUGUGUGUAUAUUUAAAUGUUUUCAGUGGUGGAACACGACUAGAAAAUAUAUGGGUACAUAACUUGCUGUGAGGAAAAAAUCGCCAAAAGGCUAGUUAACUGAAUGUAAGACAAUGAUUGAUUUCAUGUCUAUUCAACAUGAAUACUGUAUUUUAUAUUUUAUAAAACCCGAACAUUAUUUUUUUGCGAUUUUAAGUCGAUAAACUUUACAGACUGUGAUGGCGUCUUGUGUAUGACGUCAUAUUGUUGUUAUUCUGAUAUUUCGAAUUUGUUUUAAAUUAAAAAUAAGUUCCUUGUACUGCAAGUACUUACUGUAAAGUGACCCACUUGAAAAGCACAACUGUAAAUGAAAUAAUACUGAACUGAGUAUUAUUUAGAAAACCAGGAUGUAAUUUUAAUGUCAAGUAAAUAAUUUCGAAUAAUGAAUCUUUAAAAUUGUUGAGCCUGUUUAUCACGGGCCUAGGCCGUUCUGUAGGAAUACUGUCUGAUUAUGUGAUUAAGUAUUAUUAUAUAAAACUAUUAUCAUAUAUAAUAAAAUUCUCUUGUCACAAUGUAAGUUACCAUAAAUUUUACAUGAAUAUUCAGUAGGUCUGAGAAUCGGCUACUAUCUAUUUUUCAUAUCCCUAAGUGAUAAGGGUUGUUCACCCUUAACUUUUUUUUAAAUUUUUGGACAAAAUUUUUUGUUUUUAUUUAAUGAUUCAGCAUUGAAAAAUACAUACAACUUAAAUCUUAUCGAUAAAUCGAAUCGAAAAUAGUUGUACUAUUUUUGUAUCACUAUUUUUACAUUAUUCCGUUCCAUUCACAAAACUACGAAAGUUCUAUUGGUUGCAAGGUAGCAAUCAAAUACAAUAAUUGUAGUACAAUAUAUUUGGUACGUCUGAGAAUCUUUUUUAUACCUCAAAAAUGUUUGUUGUUGAAUUUCAUUUAAUUACUUUAUAUGGCAAUACAACAUUUGCUGGUUCAGCUAGUAUUAUUACAAAAUAGAUGGAAUUUUUUUCAAUUUUUUUUUCUGUGAUGUGACAAUGACAGAAUAGUGAACUUUUUUCAAAAAGAACACAUUUUACUUCUAAGGUAAGUCAUUACUUUAAGAAAACUGUGUAAGAAGUGUACUGGAAUCUAUAGUAUAUUGCUAGUUUUGUGGUCAUGUACAUAAAUCGAUUUACUGCAUAACUUGUUAGAUCCAACAUAUUCGGUAGAAUUUCUAUUACUACUACUACUAGGCUGUUCACCCCAGAUUAGAAGUGUUUGUGAAUUCAGUCAGAUUGGACAGUCAACAUAGAAUAUUAGAUCAAUGAAUUAUGUACCUACAUUAUGUAUAUUGAGCGAAUAUAGUUAAAAAAUUAUUCUGUCAAAAAGUAAAUGUAUUAUUGAAUCUCUAUUUUCGAUUGAGAAUGUGAGAAACAUAAAUAAGUUAUUGAAUUUUUCAAUGUUUUUUGAGAUCAGUAUAAAUUAUAUUAAAUUUUUAUUUUAAAAGUAAGAAUUAGAAUAAAAUAAUUAAAAUAAUAAAA